CAGACCUCUGUGUACCCCAGCUCGUCCCAGGCACCCCCUGAUUUGUCCUGCCUGACCCCCACCAGCCCUGGGUGUCCCCCAGCUAGUCCGUGGAGUCAUCCAUCUAAGCCAGGCAGUCCCCAGCUAGCCCGGGAUGAUGCCCAGCUGGCCCAAGCCGCCCUACAGUCAGCCCUGGGUGUCCCCCGCUAUCCCUGGAUGCCCCCCAGCAGUCACGGGCACCCCGCACUUGGCCCUGGGUGUUUCCCACUAGUCCAGAGUGUCCCCCAGCCAAUUUCCAGCACCCCACAGUUGGCUCUGAAUGUCCCCCAGCUUGUCCUGGGUGUCCCCCACUAGCCCUGGAUGCCCCCUAGGUACUUCCCGGGGUAUCCCACCAGCCCUGGGUAUCUCACUGCUAAUCCCAGGCAGCUCCCAGCUAGCCCUAGGUGCCCUUCGCUAGCCGCGGAUGCUCCCCAGGUCACUCUAGGUGUCCCCCACCAGCCUGGGGUGCACUCAGGUAGCUCCAGGUGUCCCCCCUAGCCCUGGGUCCCCCCCUAGCCCAGACCCCCCCAGUUAUUCCUGGUUGCCCCAAGCAGCCCCACGGCCCCUUAGGCCCCGCCCAUUUUCUCAAACCACGCCCAUUGCUCCUCAGGCCACGCCCACACCCAGCGCCUCGGCCCCGGCCCUGUCACUUGAGCCCCGCCCCUCGGCGCAGGUCUCGCGACAUUUGCGGGGAGGGCCGUGCGAGAUGUGCGGCGGCUGUGUGGGCACCGAGUACCCGGAGCGGGGCACCACCUGCCUGGAGGGCGGAUCUUUCCUCCUGAACUUCGUGGGGUGCGCGCAGUGCGGCCGCCGGGACUUCGUGCUGGUCAGCAACCGGGCGGAGGAGCUGGACGGCGGGGAGGAGAUCGUCACCUAUGACCGUGCGGUGGGGGGACCGGGGGACCUGUGUAAGAACUGCCACCACCUGAUCGCACGCCACGAGUACACCUUCAGCGUGGUGGAUGACUACCAGGCAGCAAAGGGCUGGAAAAAGGGCUCAGGGGAGCCGGUAUGGCUGGAAAUGAGAUCCCCUGGCUCUGAUUGCAAUCAGGGAUCAGGAAUAUACCAUGCUGUGCCUGCUCUGUGGCCGUGCUGAGGAUUCUGUCAGCAUCCUGCCUGACGACCCUCGCCAGAUGACCCCGCUGUUCUGAUCCCCAUGUGUAUCCCAGGAUGAGCUUCCGGGAGCUCUGGGAGAUCCCUGGAUCCCUGGCACUGUAAUUUCUGGGGACCACACAGUCCCUGACAUGAUUUGCCCCUCCAAACUUCCAGCUUGGAUGCAGCGAACACCCAACAGCGGAUGCUCCUGUGUUUCUGGAGCCUUUUGGCUCUGACCCUGACUGCAAGGAUGGGAUGCGGUGCCAUGGCCCAAGCCCCUCAUGUACCGAAGACAUAAAGGGGUCCCCAAAACAGGAUCCAAAAGGAUUCUCACACCAUCCCACCUCAGGAGCCCUCGUAUGUGGGGUAAUAAAUGUGACGUGUGACA